GACGACCUUUGACAAAAAGAUCGCGUGAGGUUCAUGCCGUGGCGCAAUGAAGAAUGGCCGUCCACUUUGGCCGCCACAUCCCGAACUAGCUUCACGUCCAUGGCUGCAAGGUACCAAUCCGAGUUGGAACAACUGGCUAGCUCGCCCAUCAUGCAAACAUGCGACGACACAACAUCCACACGCACCACCGUCACUGAGUUAGGGGGCAACGAGACGACGAGGGUACGAUGGCGAACAAAGCUACUUCAGGAGAUCGCGGGUGGCUUGACCAACACCCCCCCCCAAUCCCCUUCGCAGCAUCUUGACUACAUCUCCGCCACAAUCGCCAAGCCCUUGAUGUGUACACCAGAGAGUCCUCUGACCAAACUCCGUAAACAGCGAGAGUUAUUGCAAUCGAGAUUAUUACCCCCAGACAAAGCGGCCACCGCUGUACCGUUGGCUGCCCUGCACCCGUCGAAAACUAGUCCCACGGACCAUGAUCCCAUCGGCUACGAUGACGUGGCACAGCCACAGCCUAUGAACAUCCCCGUGAUUCCCCAUGUCAAGCCAACGCUGCCAAACGCAAAACUCCAUGAGUUUCCUGCUACGUCUGUCGUGGCACAACUCCAAGUCGCGAAUGAAGCACGGCACGAGGUAUCCGUCCAAAACCACGACGUGUUAUUUGCUGCCAAAGUACACACGUACAAACAACUGCUGGAGCGAGUCCUUUUGGGACAGGGGCUCCAGUCCCCCCCACAGCACCACCAUCAUAGGCAGACCUUCGACAACGGUGUAGCCACAAGUAAACAAUAUGCCGCGCUAGCCAGCUGUGCUUGUUCAUCCAACGAGUCAACCCAUCCGAGCAGCGAAGCAAGCUUGGCGGGCAGUCACCUCGCAACACCUCCAAACACUUCGAACUACGAAAAAUCAACCAUUUUUCAGCCAGUUUUUAUCGACACCCAACCAUGCAAGGUGGUACACUCACCACCACAUACUGAACCACCCGCCACGUCUUCCCCAACGGCAACGCCUAGGAAAGCACUGCUGUUGUCUGCAAUCGAGAAAUCUGUGGACGUAGUUGGCAACACGGAGGCUGAAACUUGUCCGGCAUGCGACACAGAGACCUCUCAAGACAAGGAUCGCGUUCGUUUCGAUGCCACGAACGAGUCCGCUUUGUCAAGCCAGGGUCUUGCAUGUACCGUAUCGCCGACGGAUGUCGUCGUGCCGCCUUCGCUGCACAUCGUCACACCCUCUUGCAAUGUCGCAGUUGGAGGCAUACUUUCGCAAAGUAUAGAGUAUUGCGUGGCUUCACCUCGUUCCAGUGACCUCCGUGGUGUGUACACUCCGUCCGACUUGAUUCCAUAUUCCAACAUGGAUAGUUGCACGUUUCAAGGCCCCGUGGACAAGUCGACGAUAAGCAUGACUGUAUUGAACGCGUUUGAAUGUCAGACCUUCGAGCAUGUCGCUACCGUUCGUACGACCGACAUGAUUCCGUUGGACAGUAUGCCGAUUACGCCGCCAUCAACAACCCCCACAACCCCUUGUCCAAACAAAAUAACACCAUCCCUCCACGACCAUGUCUCCAAGCUUGGCCUCAUUGGAAUCGCAUCUCGAGGGGCACCUUAUACGACUAAACAAGCCGCCGCCGCCACCACCUCCACCCCCCCCCCAUCGCCAGACUUUGUGCCACUGCCUUCGUUGGCCUGCGACACAGGCUAUUGUCAUACUGAUUUUGCACCCGUGGAGGACAUGAUUCCCCUCCCAGCCCCCCGUUGCAGAAGCCCCAGAUUGAACCACCGCCAUGGACAUAACAGCACGAUCGCACAGUUCAAGGCACGGGGUCACUGGAAACUUGGCCGUUCCAACGUAGACCUCGUCGGGUUGGAUGUGAUGGAAGGAAUGUCAUCAGCAUGUUGCCGCGACGAAGAUUCGAACAAAAUGCCAUCAAGUAAGGCAGCUUUGCACGAUGGUUGGCCUCGUCAAGGCAACUGCAUUUCCGACCGCGCGACCGCUUCAAGUGUCCAAGCCUGUCGCCACGUCUUGAACGCUGAUGCUGCUGCUGUAUCAACUGCCUCGUUCAACACAUGGCACCAGCGUCACGAGCCUGAAACUACGGUAGUUCAAGUCGUCCCCCCACCAGCCAUACUACUGCAGUCGUCGGAUGGUUCAAGUGGCAUGUCAUCGCUGUGGACGAAUGCGAUAUCGGACACUACCGGUAGACAAUCAAGCGACACCCAUCGACCGCCACGACGUACAAGUAGCAACAGCCAUCCGAUUUGCAUUGUCCCCAACAAGCUGAGACAUGCCGGGCUUCCCCACACGUUUUGGGCGGCGGGGUUGGGCGCGUAA